AUGGGGGUGUGCGGCAGGAGCAUCAAAGCGGCGGUGGCAGCGGUGGCAUCGGCGAAAAAUAGCAGCGACAGUGGAAUAGCGACGGAGCGAGGCAGCGGAAGGAGCCCACCUAGAAAGAAAGCCGCGGGACCGAAAAAGACCACGCCAGACACCGGGGACGCCAGGAACAUCGGAGUACCGACGCCCGAAAAGACCGCCCGGGAACAAGCCAAGAGCAGCGAGCCCUGCCACCUGGGUGAAGUCAAGAAUGAAGACUUGAGAGGAAACUUCAGGAAUCAAGGCAGACCCAAGAGGCAGAAAGGAAGACACACAGUCAAGAAGACGGAUCAACGUGUUCCUUGCCAAGUGGGGCAUUUCCAUGAAGUAAUUCACGUGGUGGAAGAGACGUACAAGUCGGAGUGUGGAAUGAACUUCUCAGAUCAAAUGCAAUAUAAAAUCCAUUUGCAAGUGCACAGUGGAAAGAAGACCCAUCAAUGCCGGGAGUGUGGAAAGAGAUUCCUUUGCAGAGCAGAGCUCCUUAAACAUCAACAAACACAUUCAGGAGAGAAGCAUUAUAGUUGCUCAGAGAGUGAUGAGAGUUUCUCGCGGAAAUCAGACCUUAUUAAACACCAAAGCAAUCAUUCAGGAGAGAAGCCAUUUAUCUGUUCAGAUAGUAGAAUGACAUAUUCUGAUGGAAGGCAGGGAAAUAAAACUUUACCAAGGAACAUUCUAACAAAGGCAUGUAAAUGCUUUCAGUGUGGAAAGUACUUUAAAUAUAGAUCACAGCUCCUUGUGCACCUAAGAAACCACACAGGGGAGAAACCUUUUGAAUGCUCAGAGUGUGGAAAGAGAUUCAAUCAGAGUGGCAAUCUUCAACUGCAUCAAAGAACUCACACAGGGGAGAAACCGUUUGAAUGUUCAGAGUGUGGAAAGAAAUUCAUUCAGAACAGCCAUCUGCAAAAGCACCUAAGAACCCACAAAGAGGAGAAAACGUUUGAAUGUUCAGAGUGUGGGGGGAAAUUCAAUAAGAGCAGCCAUCUUCAAGAACAUCAAAGAACCCACACAGGGGAGAAACCUUUUGAAUGCUCAGAGUGUGGGAAGAGGUUCAAUCACAGAGGUAGUCUUCAACAGCACCUAAGAAUCCACACAGGAGAAAAACCUUUUGCAUGCUCAGAGUGUGGAAAGAAAUUCAGUAGCAGUGGCAAUCUUCAGCUGCAUCAAAGAACUCACAUAGGGGAGAAACCGUUUGAAUGUUCACAGUGUGGAAAGAAAUUCAUUCAGAAAACCCAUCUGCAAAAGCACCUAAGAACCCACAAAGAGGAGAAAACUUUUGAAUGCUCAAAGUGUGGAAAGAGGUUCAGUCGGAGUGGCAAUCUUCAACUGCAUCAAAGAACUCACAAUGGGGAGAAACUGUUUGAAUGUUCAGAGUGUGGAAAGAAAUUCAUUCAUAAUAGCCAUCUGCAAAAGCACCUAAGAACCCACAAAGAGGAGAAAACUUUUGAAUGCUCAGAGUGUGGGAAAAAAUUCAAUAAGAGUGGUCGUCUUCAAAGCAGCCGUCUUCAAAAGCAUCAAAGAACUCACACAGCAGUGAAGCCUCAACAUCACCUAAGAAUCCACACAGGGGAGAAACCUUUUGAAUGCUCAGAGUGUGGAGAGAGAUUCCGGUUGAGUGGCAGUCUUCAACAACAUCUUAGAAUCCACACAGGGGAGAAACCAUUUGAAUGCUUUGAGUGUGGAAAGCGAUUGUGUGACAGUAGCAAUUUUCGACGGCACCUAAGAACCCACACGGGGAAGAAACCGUUUGAAUGCCCAGAGUGUGGAAAGAAAUUCAGUAUCAGAGGCAAUCUUCAGCUGCACCAAAGAACUCACACAGGAGAGAAACCUUUUAACUGCUCUGAGUGUGGAAAGCGAUUUAGUUACAGUAAGUGUGGAAAGAAAUUCAAUCAGAAUAGCCAUCUGCAACAGCACCUAAGAACCCACAAAGAGGAGAAAACUUUUGAAUGCUCAGAGUGUGGGAAAAAAUUCAGUAAGAGCAUCCAUCUUCAAGAACAUCAAAGAACCCACACAGGGGCAAAACCUAACAGCACCUAA